AUGCGGGCUCGCGCCCCUGCCUGCGCGGGGCGAGGAGGUUUCGAGGAAUCCUGCCUUUCAGGGAUCUGUACUUUGGCUUGCCAAGUCCAGCAAAGGAAGGCGCCUCUCACUUUGUUCUCUUCUGCCUCUCCCUGUCAUUCUUUGCCUGCAUCGUCUGUGCGUUCGUUCUCAUCGCGCACCCAAUCGUCUUCGCUUCUCUCCUUUCUGGGGACGCGAACCGCUGUUCGUCGGCGCUCUGUUUCCCUCGUCUUCCUCCUCGCGUUUCUUCCUCCUCCUCUACAAAGCCUGACGGCUUCCCUCGCCGGCUUGGCAGCGCACGAGGCGCCUCGAGGGCCAGCGUCCGGCGACAACUUUCUGUCUUCACUUUUUGUGGAAAAGGAGGGAAGUACACAGCCGUCGAAUGGGGCCUUCUCGAGAGAGAAUGAGAAGGUGGGUUUCUUCAGUGGGAACGGAGCUACAGAGAGCAGUCUCCCGGGUGUUUCGGCAGCGAAAGGUGGCGGAGCGGCUGCCGAGACAGAAUCGGCCAAGGCGACGAGGCAGAGAGGCGUGAUCAAGGAAAAGAAGUUUGAGCAGCUUCUCGAGCACAAGGCAGAGGACGCAGACGAACGGCCGGAAGACGACUCCGUUCUCGAAAAAGUGGGAACUGCAACGGUGUGGCGAAAAACGGAUUCGGACGCGUUUCCGGUCCCUCCCGACGGGUCGAGAUGGUACGCGCGACCGAACGGCGGAGCGGGGAAGGAGACGCUGGAAGGGGCCGAGACGAGAACGAGAGAAAAGGGCCAGGAGAACGAACUGGAGAGGGAGGAUGCUCUGGUGACGACAGCAACUUCCAGUCUCCCUGCGCCUGCGGAACAGAUCCCGAAGACGGCGUCGGCCUGGACCCCAAAGAAUUCCAGACCUGCAACAAGCUGGCCUGCUUCAGAAAUGCAGCGGCUGGCCAACGUUCCUCACUCUUGGCCGCUUCGUCAUCCUCGAGGGGCAUCGACACGUGCAGGGGAGAGAAACGAAACAACGUCGUCCCUCCUCUCGUACGGUUCGUCGAGUGAAGCAGGCCGGGGGCCUAGCGCGAGACAGAAAUCUAACGAAGAGAGCGGAGGGUCGCGGCGCUCCUCUGAAGGGCCGAUUCAGUUCCUUCCUACUGGGUUCUCUUCUCCAACUCUCGACUCGUCUCCUGUCUCUCCCCCGUCUUCUCCAUCUCUCGACUCGUCCCCUGUCUCUCCCCCGUCUGCUCCAUCUCUCGACUCGUCCCCUGUCUCUCCCCCGUCUGCUCCAUCUCUCGACUCGUCCCCUGUCUCUCCCCCGUCUGCUCCAUCUCUCGACUCGUCCCCUGUCUCUCCCCCGUCUGCUCCAUCUCUCGACUCGUCCCCUGUCUCUCCCUCGUCUUCUCCAUCUCUCGACUCGUCCCCUGUCUCUCCCUCGUCUUCUGCGCGCCUCACUUCUUCGUCUCCCGCUCUUGUGGGGUCUCGCGAGCGUCGGCGGGGCGAUGUCGUCGUCCCUGCCACCCGUGAAGAAGUUGGCGGCGUCCCAGAAGUAGGGGACAGCGCGGCAGUUGAAGCAGGAACACCGACGUUGGCGAAUCCUCGGUCGGACGCUUUUCCCGAGACUGGCGGGUCUCUGUCUCCUCAAAGGCUGUCGCAUCUCCCUGAAUCGUCUUCUUCCUCUGUGCCGUCGUCUGUUCCUGCUUUCUCGACAGCUUUGUCCGGCGAAUCGGAGGACUGGAGUCUACCUCCUACUCUCUGCUUCGUGGUGGGUAUACUCGUGAGCCUCGUAGGCACUCUUCUUUCUGCGCUAGGCGAUGUGUGCAUCCGCUACUCUUUCGUGAGAAACACACCUGAGGCUGCGGGCCACGUCCCGCCAUCGGCUGAAGCGCGACAUGGAAGCCCGCCGUCGGGCGAGGCCGAGUCUCUCACGGUUCUUCCGCUUCCUCCAACGUCCGACAUCUUGACAGACCCUCCGUCUUCUCGGUCUUUUCCCUCUUCGUCCGUGUCCCUGCCCACGCCUGCCUUCCCCCUCAAUCUCUCGACUUUGAGGAGAGGACGCCACAGAGAAGGCGAGUGCCUAUCUCAGGCGUUGCUUCCGGUGUAUCCAGUGGUGCAUACCGCCAACAGCGACCGGGCUGACCUCGUUUCUCCACGCGCGGGUCGGCCUGCGGGAAUCUUUCUGCCGCCAGGGAGUGACGCCGCAGGCUCGCGUUUUUCAUGUUCUCCAUGCGAAGAGGCGCCCGUGGAAGCUCCCGCGAGUCUCGAGGGAGACGAGGCCGCAGCGUGCACUCCUUGGACUGCUGGCUGGGAUCCGCUCUGGGUCUUUGGCGUUUUUUGCAGUUGCGUGGUGUCUCCCCUUCUCUCCAUUGUCUCUCUAUCGCUGCUACCUGCGAAUAUCACCGGAUUCGGAGCCCUUCAAAUCCUUUUUGUGGUCCUGCUGGCGAGAUUCAUGCUCGACGAAGUCGUGGACAAAAUCAACCUAACAGGCGGCGUGUUCGUAGUUACAGGUCUCGUCACGAUCACAGUCUGCGCCGCCCCAGAGCCUCCGCUCCCCGACACGGCGACUUUGGCGCGGCAGCUGAGUACCCCGUCGGCGAUCGUCUACGAGAGCGUUUGUUUGACAGUUGUUGCUGCAGGUGUGACUCUUCUUCUGUUGUACAAACGACCCUGGCGUCCAGAAGGGGCUACGGUGGGAGUCGCAGUGGAGGCGAGCUUGUCGGCCUCUCUCCUGCCAGAAUCGAGGCGUGAGGAGCCGCUCGACUCAUCGCCCAGAUCCUCAAGGAGCUCUCAGUCGCGAACAGGUGGAGAGAAUGCGGCACUGGGAUCCCAAGGUGCACAGACUCCGCCUGCGAUGGGAGGCCGACGGCGCCGGCGGUCGGUUGCGAGUGUACAUACACCCAGAGGGCAUGGACGGGGCAGUGAUAAAGGGCUUUUAAACAGUAGUCCCACAGCUGUGGGAGACGACCAUUCCGGCUUCGCCUCUCUCGGAGACGGAGAAGAGGAAGCAGAUCUUUGUAGCAGUCGCUCAGAGAGCGAUGCUGGAGAUUCGUCGGCCUUCUUCUGUGGGUCUCUGCCUCUCUGGCACCACGCGCUUCUGCCUGCCUCAGGGGGAGUCCUCGGAGCCGUCGCAAGCAUUUCGAUAAAACUGAUUCAAGCCUUCUUCCUUUCCUUCUCGUCAGCCUGCAUCCCGCCGUCCUCCAGCUCGCCUGCUGCCGUUUGGCCUGUCAUCGGUAUGCUUGUCUGUCUGCUCAACCCCGUCUUUCUUUUUCAACAUCCUUGGCUACCUUUCCUCUUCCUUGUAGUGGCGUCGGCGGCGCUCCUAGAGCUUCUCUUUCUCUCUCAGAGUCUGCGACACUACCCGGCGUCCGAGAGCGUCCCCAUCAUGAACUCCACGCUCACUGUCUUCAUGGGCGUGGGUGGCGUGAUUAUCUUCGACGAACCGCCAGCAAAUCCGCUAGGGUGGGCCACUGGCCUCGCACUUCUGGUGCUCGGCGUUGUCGUUCUCGGCUUUGGCGGAAAAAUAUGGAAGUGUGUGCACAAGGCAGUGCGAGCGGGAAGGCGGGUUUGGGUGCGGCGCCCACCCAGGUCGGGGAUCCCAGGCACUCCAUGGACAGGCCUUCCGCUGGGCACACAGGCGUCGAGGCUCCGAUUCGGGGAGGCGAACUCUCGACGCAGUUACGAGACGAGCUCGGAGGCAAUUGUCUCGGAGGGGGAUUCCCACCCGCGUCCGUGGUGGCGCGGCGACCAAAGCGGAGAAAGCCCGGUCGCUCGCUGGUUGCGUUCCGGUAGCGGAGACAUCCCGUCGCGGAUCGCUUCAGGUGACAGGCAGAGGCAAUUUAGGGAGGAGCACAGAUCGCCAGCUGAGAGAGUAGCUCAACGCGAUGGGCAGAGUGGAGAGGGCGGCAGGGAACGCAUGCCGGUGUUUGGCGGGUUGUUUUCGUGGCUGACGAAAGACGAAUCCAACCAGCGCAGAUCGGGUGUAUAUAGACCGGAGACCCGUCGGGCGUCAGAGGCCGCCAGACUGCGCGGAAUCUCGGAUUUCCAGGCAGUCGUCGAGGAUGGCGAAGGGUGGGGAAAACAAGGACGAUGCAGUCACCAGUCACGACGAAGCUCUGCAGGAACUGACUCGGUUAUAAUCGGCAAAACGUAG